CUCAAACUCUCUCGGCUAACAUCGGCCGAGGGGAACACCAUUAGCAGACCCCUCUUGUAAGGCCUCCUGGAGUUAAGGCAAUGUUGAUGAUGGGUUAUGGCUAUGAUGAUUCUGCAAUACAAAAUGCCAUCUGGAUGUGCCUCUCAAAGCAGAUACAUAGAGCAAAAGAACUCUUCCAAGUUCAAAGAUUUCGGGCAUUGGCCAAUCUCAAUCCAGCCCCUUCCGGACCCGUAACUACUAAGUACUCUAUAGUAUCACUACUAGUAAUAUAGGGCUUACCUAGGUGCAGUGUCAGUUUUACUAAACCAGGUAGGCUGAGAAAAAUAUAUAUAUAUAUACAUAUAAAAGAAGGGUAAAAAU